AUGCCGGGGCCCCGACCGCCCGCCGAGGCCGCCGCCGCUACAGACGGGACAGCUCCACGAGGGGAACAUCAUCACUGCUGCACGGUCACCUCCCGACGCCAGCGACGCGCCACGCCACGCACCCUCCGCCGAGCACGAUCUCAUGUCCACUGCCGCCGGCGUGCCGAGAUGACCGGAGUCGCCAACCAUGUGCUGAAGCCGCAGUCCCAGGCCCCGCUGGUGCCUGUCCCCCCACUACCGUUCCCGGACCUAUGCGCCCGCCUCGACGACCGCAUAUCCGCCUUCCUGCGCGACGACGACGUGAAGGACGUCCGCCUACGCGCUGUCCAGGAGCAGACGCGCAUUGCAUUGGGCGUCAUUGAAGACGCUCUGCUGCGCUACAGCCUCGACGAGCUCGCGUUAUCCUACAAUGGCGGCAAGGACUGCCUUGUCCUCCUCGUUCUGUACCUCUGCGCCCUUCAUCGCCGCAGCGUGGCCACCGGUACCCCACUGCCCGAGACCAUUCAGACUGUCUACAUACAGUCCUCGCACCCGUUCCCCGAAGUCGAGCAGUUCGUCACCGACUCGUGCCAUGCCUACAGCCUUACGCUCGCGAGCUACGGCGGAUCCAUGAAGACGGCAUUCGAGUCGUACUUGCGCGACUAUCCUUCCGUCAAAGCUAUAUUUGUCGGCACACGCCGCACCGAUCCACACGGUGAACACUUGAAACACUUUGAUCCUACGGACCAUGGCUGGCCGAGUUUCAUGCGCAUACAUCCGGUCAUAGACUGGCAUUAUGUCGAAAUCUGGACUUUUAUUCGCCACCUUGAUAUUCCGUACUGCCCGCUGUACGACCAAGGCUACACUUCUCUCGGCGGCACGACCGACACCCACCCUAAUCCCGCUUUGCGCAUUCCAUCGCCCGACCUGAACAGUGGUAGUCGUGACGAAAAAUUCAGGCCCGCCUAUGAACUCGUCGAGGACUACGAAGAGCGUCUUGGCCGCGACAGGGGUACCAAUUCGACCAAGGAAGCACCCAAACCAUCACCAUGA